AUGGAAGAGUCCUAUGGCGGAAAGCCUUCCAGGGAGAAUCCGAAGCAAUUUCUUCACAGGAUAAGAGACAAGAAUGUUUCUGUUACGUUAAAGUGGGGGCAGGUCUAUGAAGGGGUUCUUGUCACGUCGGACAACUACUUCAAUAUACUUCUGGACAAAUGCAUAGAGAAGGAUGGAGAGAGCGAAGCAAUGGUUGGGGAGGUUACAAUUAGAUGUAACAACAUUAAAAGUAUAGCCGAAAGCUGA